UUUAAUAUAUUUUUUUGUUACGUUUCAAAAGUCGAACUGGCAACGGUAGCCCCAGUCUUACUUUUUUUUCAGUUCUGCUAGAGUCUCCAUGCUUUUAACAAGUGUCUGCAUUUCGUCAUUAAAAAUCUAAAGAAAAUCUCGAGCCUUUACCUGCAGAAAAAUUCCCUGCAUAGGUAUAGUAUUUGAAAUUACAAGUCUACCUCACAGUAAAUUUACCUCUUGUGUUCUUCAGUCGUUUGUUACCUACAACAUGGAUUCAUCAGCUAAAAAUGAACAGGUACAAAAUCGCAGGCAGAGCAAUGGUAUUCGUAGUAGUUUGAGAACCGAACCGUACAGCUCCCACCAUAGAAGGCGCUUGAUCAGCCAAACUAUCCAACAAUUGAAUGUUUUUUUCCAAGCUAGUGAAAACCAUGUAAACGAAGUCAAUGCAAUUGACCUCGUCUCUAAUACUGUUGUAGAAAAUCCCCUACUUAGUGACACACCGGCUGAGGAUGAUUUUCAAAGUUGUUUUUCUGAUUUUGAUGAUGAAGAAUGUUACGAUACUGACGCUUCUCCAUUACCAACUGCUUCAGAAUACGAAACGAGUGAUGACGACAGUCGUUUAUUAGAUAGACUAGCAGAAUUUGACAAUGAAAGUGAUUCAGAUAUUGACGGCGACAGAAAUGAUUCUGUGACUUUUAAGCAAGCGAUAGCGUUAUGGGCUGUAACACGUAGAAUAUGCCAAAAUGCUGUCGAUGAACUUUUAUCGAUCUUUCGUAAAUACCCUUGGGGGCAAACCAUGCCAAAGUCUUGUAGAUCACUUGUUAAAUCAAUGAGAAAAAUUCCCCUAAAGACUUGCGCAGGUGGUCAUUAUUUCCAUUUUGGCAUUUUCGCUCAAUUGGUAAAGAUUUUGCCACUUAUCAAUGAUGACAGAGUUCCAGAGGAAAUUCAGCUUGUCAUUAGUACGGACGGUGUUCCUCUUUCAAAGAGUAGUAAGAGUCAAUUUUGGCCAUUGACAGGUUUAAUUGGAAACAUCGAUUUUCGAAAAGUGUUUAUUAUUGGCUUAUGGCACGGGCAGUCGAAACCUUCAAAUGCAAACGAAUUUUUAAAGGAAUUUAUUUUCGAAGCAAAGCAACUUUCAGCAGACAGUUUUUCUUAUCGUGGGAAACGAAUUCGGUUUAAAAUUGUUCUUUACGUUUGUGACGCCCCAGCUAGAUCUUUUGUAAAGUUUAUUAAAUCACAUUCCGGAUUCUUCGGGUGUCCGUACUGCAUUCAAGAAGGAGAAUACCAUGGAUGGACUUUAUUCUUAAAAAAUGUCUCGGUGCUUCGAACUGAUUUCUCAUUUAGGCAACGUGUUCAUGAAGAACAUCAUGUAGGAAACUCUGAUUUAGAAACUUUAAAUUGUGACAUGAUUCUUGAUUUCCCUAAUUGCCCACAACAUCUUAUUGACUUGGGUGUAACACGCAAAUUAAUGAGGAAAUGGUUUUCUGGCCCACGCCCAAAUAAACUUCGGCCAGCAGAAAUUCUAAAGUUGUCGACUCGUAUGGUUGAGUUAGAAAAAUUUAUUCCGUUUGAAUUUGCUAGAAAACCACGGUCUAUCGAUUUUUUCCCUCAAUUCAAAUCCACUGAAUUUGCUUUAUUCAAUUCCCCUGUAGUGCUACAGAAUAUUUUGCCAGAACGAGAGUUCAAAAAUUUUCUAGUUUUUCAUGUAGCUGUAAAACUUAUGUCUUCUAAGAAAUACUGUUACUCUUUAAACGACUAUAUCAAAACUCUCUUGCUUUUCUUUGUCGUUGACUGUUUAGCAAUUUAUGGCGAUGAAUUUAUAUCGUACAAUGUCCAAAAUCUGCUUCAUUUGGGAGAACAAAUACUUCGCUUUGGCCCCUUGUAUAAAUUUUCCGCGUAUCUCUUUGAAAGUUAUUACCAAAUUUUCAAAAAAGUAUUGCGGAAGGGAAAUCAAGUUUUGCAGCAAGUCGUAAACAGGAUUUUUGAGCUAAAUGUGACACUAUUACAAGGUAUACAGUACCCACCCAAAUUAUUGUGCACUUUUUCGUUUUUCGUCCCUUUUUACAUGGCCUCUUAUGGCACUACGUCCCCCCCCUUUUUUUUAACUUUACGGGUUAGGCGUAAAAGAUAAGAAAACAAAAAAAAAUCAGCAUACUCAUCGAUGAGUUUUCUAUUAUUUGAUGUGUGGCGCAUCUAUGAGCGUGUUAUAUCCUGAACGGUAUAUGUGCGUUCAGGUGUACAAAAUUUCCCCCUUUUCCCAAUGUCGCGCCGCCAUUACUUUUGGUAGUGUACCCCCAAAAAAUGUCCCUUUUUUCUUUCGUGAAUAUCAUUGAGACAAAAAAUCGCACGAACUUGUAAUUUUUCCCCCGUUACAAGAAUAAGCUCAAGUUUAUUCUUGUAUAAUCAAAUUAUUUUUUACCCUACUUUUAUUCCCUAAAUUUUGUUGUUUUCUGCGACCCAAAUUUUGUUUUUUCAUUCCAUAAAAAACUUAUUAUAGUAGAACGACUAUAGCUGUAUUUUUCGACCACUGGUGGCGUAUGUUGCAUGUCCUACCAGGCUACUAAUACUCCUACAUUUCUUCUAUGACACUGAAAUGACUAGCUGCAGGAGUAUUAGUAGCCAGGAUAUGUGCGUAUUAUGAAGAUUGUGUCAGAGGCACUAGAUAUUUUACAAGGAGAAAUGAACGUUGGUAUGGGAUAUUUACUUCCUAACAUUUCCAUCUUAAAAACCAAACUGAGAGCUCUUCAAGACGCUCUUCAAUUAUUAAUUGCCAAGCUUUGAUUACUUCCCUUCUUGACGCUAUAGGGGAGACUGGAGUAUGCCGGGACACCGGGUCAAGAGGGACAGUAGAGGGGAAAAUAGUAAAUUUUUUUUAAAUUAAAAAUUUUUUUAGUAUGUUAUUUAGAUACAUACA